CUCUGUAUCUCUCUCUCUCUCUCCAACCUCCAACUAUUGGUUUGGAGUGUACUAAGGAAACGUGAGAUUCUUCAAUCAGAGUUGGGUAUGUCAAGCCAACGAUUGAUUUGAUAUUUGAAAACUGCAAUUUCUUACUUCAAAGCUAUUUUCUAGUUGUUGUUUCAACACUCUGCUUUCCCCUGAAUCUGUUUCCUCAUGUGAUUCAGAGACGCUUCUUGUGAAAUCUUGUUCUCAAUUCUGGACUUUCCUGGGAAAAUCUUGAGCUCUUGAGUUCAAAUUUCAUGGAAGAUAUCAAGUUACUGGAAAUGGGUCGGUGAUAGAUCUGUGGAAGGUGGGCUCUCUCUAUCUCUCUCUCUCUCUCUCUGGGUAUCAGUCCACCAAGAAAAAGAGGACCUGAUAACUCACGUCGUUGACACAGGCUUCGCAACAACACAGAAGAUCAGUUAUGUCCAACACAUUAUACUAUCAGCCAAAGCUAGAGGUCGAGGAUUAUUGUUACCCUCAGUUCCAAACAUUUGACCAACAAUCACGCUAUAGCAACAGCAGCCACGGGAGUCACUUCUCCAUUCACACUUCCGGUGAAAAGUACUGCACGCUGGACUCAUUUCCAGCAACGGGUUGUUAUGCUGUUUACAAUUCUCCGUCAACUCUCAGUUUCUCACCCAAUGGAAGUCCCAUAUCUCAGCAAGAGUGUCAUUCAUAUGGGUCCUGUGUAACUGAUGAUUUUAUUGAAUUCAGACACAAGCUGCGUGAACUUGAAACUGUGAUGCUGGGACCGGAUUCUGAUAUACUUGACAGUUAUGAUAGUACUAUCUUACAAGAAGGUGUAGCCUCACCGGAGAUUGACAGCUGGAGACAAAUGAUGGAAGCAAUUCCUAGACGGGACUUGAAACAGGUUCUCAUUGCGUGUGCUAAAUCAGUAUCAGAAAGCGACUUGUUGAAUGCACAACGGUUGAUGGCUGAGUUACGUCAAUUGGUGUCGGUUUCUGGCGAACCAAUUCAACGUUUGGGAGCAUACAUGUUGGAAGGGCUAGUCGCAAGAUUGUCCUCUUCAGGGAGUUUGAUCUACCAAACUUUGAGAUGCAAAGAACCAGCAAGCGCUGACCUCCUAUCAUAUAUGCACAUUCUUUAUGAGGUUUGCCCUUACUUCAAGUUCGGAUACAUGUCUGCAAACGGUGCCAUUGCAGAGGCAAUGAAGGAUGAAAAUAGGGUUCACAUCAUUGAUUUCCAAAUUGGUCAGGGCAGUCAAUGGGUAACUCUGAUCCAGGCUUUCGCAGCUCGGCCAGGUGGGCCUCCACACAUCUGCAUAACAGGAAUCGAUGAUUCCACGUCAGCAUAUGCCCGUGGAGGAGGACUAAACAUCGUGGGACAGAGGCUGUCUAGGCUUGCUGAGUCAUUUAAGGUUCCAUUUGAGUUCCACGGUGCAGCCAUGUCUGGUUGUGAAGUCCAGCUUGAAAAUCUUGGGAUCCGACAUGGGGAAGCUCUUGCUGUGAAUUUCGCAUUCAUGCUACAUCACAUGCCAGAUGAGAGUGUGAGUACUCAGAAUCAUAGGGAUCGGCUUUUGAGGCUUGUUAAAAGCCUCUCUCCCAAAGUGGUGACACUAGUUGAGCAAGAAUCGAACACAAACACUGCUGCGUUCGUCCCACGAUUUCUAGAGGCGUUGGACUAUUACACAGCCAUGUUCGAAUCAAUUGAUGUGACGCUACCAAGGAAACAUAAAGAGCGGAUCAAUGUCGAGCAGCACUGUCUAGCAAGGGAUGUUGUGAAUGUGGUGGCGUGCGAGGGGAUUGAGAGGGUGGAACGGCAUGAGCUUCUUGGGAAGUGGAAAUCACGGUUCACGAUGGCUGGGUUUACUCCAUACCCUUUAAGCUCUUUGGUCAAUGCUACCAUCAAAACACUGCUAGAGAACUACUGUGACAAAUAUAGACUUGAAGAGAGGGAUGGAGCGUUGUAUCUCGGUUGGAUGAACAGAGAUUUGGUAGCUUCUUGUGCGUGGAAGUAGAAAACUUGUAACUGUGCAAUGAUGUACCUUUUUUUUCUUGGGAUUUGGGACAGUGAGCUGAGGUAGAACCUUUAACUUUUUUUUCUUUUUUUUUUAAUUUUAGGUACUUGUAGUUCAUAUAAGAAUAAGGUUCCCUCUGCUGUGUAAUGUACCUUUCAUCAAUCAAAUUAGCUGCUUUCAUUGA